UUGACUGAACAAGCGUGAUCAAUAAAAGAUUUAUUAUAUGGCUUUCAGAAAAAAGUUCUUGUGGGACACAGCAGGUAGCCUUUAGUGGGCAAGAUAGGGUCAUCUUGCCUGCCUGGGUAGCCAAUCACAGCACAGGAUUUGGCUCAUUAUUUGAACACUGAAAAUGUUAACUAUUUUUUGGAUAGUAUGUUUCUAACACCUUAAAUUAAUAAAAGUAGCAUUUUGCAUUUCUCUCACUCUUCCUGCCCUUCCCCCUUCCAGAUUCUUUGCACCUCCUACCCGAUAUUCUCCUGGUCUCUCUCUCCCCUGUGCUCCCCGACUGAAGUGCACAUUGUUAAAGCCUCCCUUGAUGUCCGCAGCAGAUCUGGAGGAACUCGAGGAGUGGAAUGUGGGGGACAGUGAGGAAAAAGUGUAGUGGAGGGGAACCAUUGCCCUAAAUAUACCACUGAUUUUCCUCCCAGUACCCCAAAAAGACAAAUUGCUGAUGAUCAGUAAGCACCUUUGCAUGUUCCAAUUUUCCAGGCAUAAAUGUCAUUGCAAAGUAAAGAAAAACAAUAUGCUUCCUGGAAGAAAGUUACCAUUAUUUUUAUAGGAUGGCUGGGGGGAAAAGGAGUAAGAACUUUAAUUACAUGAGGUAAAAGAAGAGGGUUGGAAGUGGAUUUCCUGCGUUCAAAGGAACAAGGAGAAAUCGGAGAAUUUUACAACAUGGCGGGGGUUAUAAUUAAAAGGUCACGGGGCCGGGAUGUGGGAAGUUCUGUCCCGUCCCCUGGCCCCUACAGACUAGCCUCGACUCGAGGUUAGUCGACAUUAUCCCAGACUCUCCCGUCAUUUAACGGCGGGAACAUGUUUCAGUUCAAGCAGUCACUCGAGAAGACAUUAAUUAGCGAUUUUUAAGUUUCUAUGAGUCAUCGAAAAUCACCAACGAACUGGCGAGAAGGAUGUCUUCGGGGGUGUCUUUCCGUAGGUACUUUUCCUCUGUAGAUUCUUCGUCGUAUCGGGAAAGACAAGAAGAGGAGUGGAGUCCACGAAGCCAAGAAAGCGACCAGGAUUCUGAUGAAGAAAACCACGAGUCAAACGUGAUCACCAUAACUGACUCCAGCACAAGUUCAUUGGAAUCUCCUCUUCCUUGGACUAAAAAUUCUUCGUUUUCGCAUUCCUCUCUCUCUACAAGCCUUGUAUUACAUUCUCAAGGUGGUAAGGUAUGUCAAGAAGGUGGCUUUUCGACAGAUUCGUCGAAAGAGUUCAUUCCUAGGUCAAGAUCGCUUGUGAUCGGAAAGCGUCCUAGAGCUGUUGGACUCAAGGAUAUUGAUCUGACAAGAAAUCCUGCCGCAAAGCAUAUUCGAGAAACAAAGGAAGCGAACAAAAGCCCCAAGAAGAGCCACUUGUUCAGCCCUUUAUCAAGACACAUGUCUUGUCCAUCUUUCAGCAGCCCCAACGAAAUCUUUCCCAUAGGACCGUCUGAUAGACAUGGAAAGACAGGUAAAACUGGUCAAACCCGUUUGAAUCGAGGGUUGAGCUUUGACUCGGACUCACAGCUCAGAUCAGCGAUUGUUUGCAAAAGCCCACCAGUAGAAGUGACCAGAAAAUCAAGCGGAAAUGCCGUAACAUUAUUUAGUUGCCCAAAUGAUCAGGUCAAUUUUGACACAACUGAUAACAUGUUACAAGUACAUUUUCCAGUGGAAGAAUCAGACUGUGACUGGUGUGACACAGCAACUCCGCAUGUUGUACACAACAGUAGCAAACUCUGCUUACCACCUGAAGUUAUUGAUCUGACGAUCAGUGAAGAGCCGCCUGGUUGUAAAUUAAACAAUUACAAUGAGCAAUCAAAUUGCCAGGAAAGCUCAGUCAAAAAUGGAGAUGUUUCUAAGCCAAGUACAGCUGUUCGAAAUCGUUUACCGUUGAAGGGGAAAAUGGCCAGGAAAAAAUCUGAGUUUUCUUUUAGCGAUGAUGAGGAUAGUGAUUCUACUGAAUGCCGUGCAAAAAGGGGCAACGAAACAUCACUGCAACCAGAUGACACUAAUGAACAAUCACAAAACAGGCGACACUCUAAGCGGUGGUUUUUACAAAUGUGCCUUAUUUUUGUGUUAUGUGCAUUAUCUUUAUCAGGAUACUUUCAUGUUAACCCUCACGGCCUUUGUCUAGAUAGUGAAUUCAGCAAGAAUAUUUCAGGCAUUGGCAGUACCCUCAAGACUGAGUUAUAUGGUCAACACAUUGCUCAGAAGCUGGUCACCUCGGCGCUGAAGAGUCACUUCAACAAGCAAGACAUAAGGAAGCCACUUGUGCUGUCUUUUCAUGGCUGGACUGGAAUAGGCAAGAACUUUGUCAGCAAUAUUAUAACAGAACAUUUUUUCAAGCGCAAGACUCACAGCCCCUUUGUACACAAGUUUAUCAUUCCACUUCAUUUUCCUCACGAAUCCGAAGUUGAAAGCUACAAUGAACAGCUACAGAGAUGGAUCAAUGGAAAUAUAUCACACUGUAGAAAGGGUGGCUUGUUUAUAUUUGAUGAAAUGGACAAAAUUCACCUUGGCAUGAUGGGCACAAUUAAAGAUGCCAUCUUGGAUUACCGAGGCAAGAAAGCUGGCUAUGGAAAUGUGGUAUUUAUUUUCCUGUCAAAUUCUGGUGGCGAGGCAAUUAAUCGACAUGUACUGAAUCACGCUCUUGAGGGAAAAUUGAGAGAAUCCCUAACAUUGGGUGAGCUGGAAAUUAUUUUCCAUGGCAUUGUAAAAAAAAUGCCAGAUGUUUGGUUUGCAGACCUAUUGAAGUCAGAAGUCAUUGAUCAGUUGGUUCCAUUUAUUCCAUUGGAGAGGACACAUGUGAAGCAAUGUAUCAGAAGGGAUCUCAUCAAGAAAGGUUUCCAAGUAAAAGAGGCGUUAGUCACAGAGAUUGCAGAUCAGAUGGAGUACUUCCCUGAAAGAUAUGAAUUCUUCUCAGUGUCAGGGUGCAAGAAGGUGUCAUCCAGAGUGGAUGUCGUCAUGGGAUGAACUGUGGAGCUGAGGUGGCAGUGAUGAGGCUUUCUUACAAAUGUGCAACAAGGACUGAUUUUUCUCAUCUCUGGACACUUUUAAAGUGUCAUUAAAAUGACUAUACAUUCAAGGAUGCAUCACUUAGACCAACUUUCUCCCAAGUGGAACGAUACAAUGUUUGUUAACCAGUGAAGAGAAAUUUUGAUGGCGUGAUUGGGACAAAAGGGUAAUAUUUAAGAAAUAGAAUUCAUUUUUAGUGCUUCUAUUGAGUUAUAAAAACACCACUGGAAGUUUAGGAGAAUGAGAAAUGCUUUGGGAACAUAAGCUGAUAGGUGAGUGCUUUCACAACUUUUUCAAGAUCUCCGAACCUUUUGCAAGUGUUUCUAUAACUUGAUAGAAACAUGAAGAAAAUGUUUUCUAUUUUUUUGGUUAGAAAACAGCC